AGUUGUUGAGCGUUCGGUCAGAGUUCGAAACGUCCCGGAUUCCAAUCCUCUACGAUUCAUUUUUUUUUAGUUGUUUUAAUAAAAAUUUUUUGAAAGUGGUAGAUAAGAUAGUUUAAUAUUUAAAUAGAAUACAAUUACUUCGUUAAAAUUAUAUAAUAGAAGUAUAACUUCUUACGUGCGUACAAAGUACACACACAUUCCUUUUUUUUCAUACGCGGGAUCCAGACCUAUAUUGUAAAAAUUUCUAAAUCUAAUUUAAAAAUAUCACAUGCAUCCUCCAGAUAUUUAAAAGUGUACUUUUUUUAAGGUGUUUAUAAAAUCUUAUCAAUAGUAAAAACAUAUUCCACUCUAGAUUAAUAUUUAUAUAAAUUCCAAACAGCAACGUAUUGGUUUUAUACCUUGCCAGUAUACAACAUGUUCGCCUUCAUAUUCUUGUGUUUACUUCUACAAACUUUAACCUUUCCUCCAACCUUGGGUCGAGACGCUGAUCAAAAUGAAUAUCCAUUGAUCGUAGCAGUAGAAUCAUGCAAUUUUCCAGUAUGUUAUCCACAAUGUGCUGGAGUGGUUCUUUCCAAAAGUUGGAUACUUACACUAGGAAGCUGUGCCUAUGUUGCCACUAACUUCGAUCAUUACAGGAUAAAUGCAGGAGUAGUCAAUGUUACCAGUGAAGGCGCACAACUCCGAGACAUCGAAAAAGCAUUACUUCAUCCAGAAUUUAACUAUUUUCAGCCAUUUUCCCCAAACAACAUCGGUCUACUGAAAUUAAAGACACCUCUAAAUUUGGGCGACUCGGUUCAACCAGGAGUACUACCAACGCAAGGAUCAGAUGUACCACUAGGCAAAGUAACGCAACUGGGAUGGUAUGUUAAUAAAGGUGAACGUGACAUACCAGUCAGCGUGGAAAACUUGGAGACAGCAGACACCGCUAUGAUUGAUUAUGAUGUGUGCAUGGCCGUAGUAGAACCAUCGAUGGAUUACAAAUUUCCUGAUUUUGCCCAAACAUUGUUCUGCACUGGAGAUUUUACUGGACGCGAAGAUUUGUGUUUUGUUAGUAACGGAUCUCCAACCAUCCAAGAAGGAGUCGUAGUAGGUAUUUAUUAUUCUCCAACCUUAGCGUGUGGAGUAAUGGGAUCAGCUAUGUUAACUCUCAAGACUGGACCUUAUGUCUCGUGGAUUCAAGAAAAUAUCGACGAAGAUAUAAGACUAGCCUAAGAAUAUUGUACAUUUCCAAUAUUUUAUUAUCACUUACUCUAUCAACAAUAAAGGUAUAGUAACUAUUAUAUAGACCAGG